AUGACUAAAAGGGGUGGGCAGCUGAGUUGGGUUGCCUGUUUUGCUAUGUGUUGGCUGUGCCUUGGAGGAGGUAAAUUCGGUUUGAAAUUUGGCAAUGGUGGCUGUGAUGGUGGGAGCUACUGGGGUAGGAGUCUUAGGAGUUGGGAUGGUGAAACUGGUGUGAUGGGAGUGGUGGUAAGGGGUGGGCAGCUGAGUUGGGUUGCCUGUUUUGCUAUGUGUUGGCUGUGCCUUGGAGGAGGUAAGUUCGGUUUGAAAUUUGGCAAUGGUGGCUGUGAUGGUGGGAGCUACUGGGGUAGGAGUCUUAGGAGUUGGGAUGGUGAAACUGGUGUGAUGGGAGUGGUGGUAAGGUAA